GGCGACCUGGCAUUGUACUUGAGUUUCCCGUAAAAAUUCUUGUCUUGGUGGAUGCUGAAACCAUCACUGGCGAACUCUACUAGAAGAAAAACAAACAUCAUUUUUAACGUCUAAUAUACUUGCAUACUGAGUUAGUUAAACCGGUUAGCUGAUAUUAAUAUGGCAGCGGACAGAAGAAAUCUGAGUAAGGCCCAACAGAGGUCCAGCCCCCUACGAAGAGAUGGAUUUGGAUAUGGGGAAGAACGAGACUUGAGACGUGACCGUUCGCCAAUUAGAGGAAGUCCUCGGAGGGACUCCAGGGAUCUUCGGGAAACUAGAGAUUCUAGAGAUGGCAGAAAUCCCAGAGAUGCCCGGGACCAAAGGGAUGCAAGGGAACCCAGAGAUGCAAGAGAUCUCAGAGAUGCUAGAGAUGCUAGAGACCUGAGAGAUGCCAGAGACCGCGAUAUAAGGGAUCCAGCUGGUCGUGAGCCAGCUAGGGACCACCUGGCUGAUAGAUUCAGGGAUGUCAGAGAGCCUAGAGAUUUGCGGGAUGUUCGUGAUGCCAGGGAUCCACUUGCUGUCAGAGGUAGAGAUGACCCAGCUUUCGACAGACUGUAUCGAAUGGACGACUUCAUGAAGAAGAAAGAUGAGCCACUUGAUAGAUUCAGAGAGGCGUGGGAUAGCAGAGCUCCACGAGAUAUGGAAGAGCGCUUAAAACGUGAAGAGAGGCGCCGAGAGGAACUGUGCCGUCAAUAUUUUGAGGAACUUCAGAGGCGAUAUGAUAAUGAGAGGCCUGUGGAUUGCUCUGUCAUUGUUGUAAACAAACAGACAAAAGAUUAUGCAGAAUCUGUUGGUCGUAAGGUGCGAGAUCUGGGCAUGGUGGUAGACCUCAUUUUCUUGAACACCGAGGUGUCUCUGACUCAGGCUCUUGAGGAUGUUGGGAGAGGCGGCACCCCAUUUGCAAUAGUGAUAACUCAGCAGCACCAAGUCCACCGUUCUUGCACAGUCAACAUCUUAUUUGGUACACCUCAAGUCCCAAAAGGCUCUCAGAUGUCUCAUUCUUUUGUAGAGCAUCGCAACAUGCCGCUGGCUGAUGCCAUGGUCCUUGUUGCAAGAACCUUUGAUCGCUAUAAGUCGGAAACCCGUGAUAAAGAACGUGAAGAUAUUGCAAGACAGGCAGCAAAGAUGGCAGAUGAAGCAAUUUUGCAGGAACGUGAGCGCGCUCAACCAAUUGAUGAUCCUCUUCGUGGACCACAUCCUUCAAGUGUUUCUCAUCCACCAAGCAUUUCACCCUUGCUUCAUCUGCUGGCUGAAGAUCGAUAUGUCACUUUGGAUGAACUUAACAGAGUAAUGGAUUUCUUGGGAGAGAGAAAAGCGAGGAUGUUAAGAGGACCUGAUCCAAUGCUGAGGGGGCCUGACCCAAUGCAAGCUUCCAUGUCCAGGCAGGGUUUGUCUUCCCAGUCUCUUGGUGGACUUGACAGCCAGUCAUCUUUGCAGAGUUCACAGGUACUUCAGAGUGCUCAGCCGUUGUCAUCUGCACCAGUUAAUCCAAGCCAGUCCAGCUCUCAGCAGGAACUGCAAGCAAAAAUUCUCAGUCUUUUCAAUAGUGGGGUGGGUUCAGUAGGUGGUGCUUCAAGUGGUACUGGACCCAGUGGAGGAGGGGGUGCACAGAGUCAGAGUUACAGCUCUGGGAGUAGCCAGACUCAGAGCCGUGUGGGACAAAGUUCUGCAUCCCUAAGCCAAGGUCAACAGCGAAUGCAGACACCAAGCAACCAGAUGCCAUCUCUUAUGGCUUCUAGCUCUAGACCUUCAGGGAUGAGACAGUCUACUCCUCAGAUACCAAGUCUGUAUUCUCAGCAGCAGAACAGGAUGCAGACUCCGGGUUCUGGCAGUUUGAGUCAGCGAGCUUCUGGGUCUUCGGGAAUCAACUUUGAUAAUCCCAGCGUGCAGAAAGCCUUGGACACACUUAUUCAGAGUGGUCCUGCUCUUUCUCAUCUGGUGAGCCAGGCCAAUCCCCAAGUGGCACGCCAAGGGCAGUCUCUUGGCCAGAGUGCUUUGGGUUCCUACCAGCGUCACUACUAGGCUAACCAUUUUACUGUGUCCAAGGAAAUAAUUUUCAUGACAGUUCUGUAAUGUUAAAUGUUAAUGCACUGUUACUAUGGUCGACUGGGCGCAUUUUAAUCUUUUUUUUUUUUUUUUUUUUUUUUUUGGAGCAGGCUUCAGUGAAGCACUGCUUAACCAUUUGGAGCUCUGAAGUAGAUGCAUGCUUUGAAGUCUUUAUUUCCUUCUGUCCCUGUUGUACAUUUACAUUGCUAUACAUAGUCAAGGCAGUUACCUUUUGUUAAAACCCCAGUGGCCUCUGCUGGCUCUUAAGAAAAAUAUGUAUGUAUGUAUUUGUGCCACUGCCUUGGGGGGGGGGGGGGGGUGUUUCGGUUAAUUUUAUUUUUGAACAGGCUUUCAAAGUAUGCCUUUCUGGUUUAGACUAACAUUUUCAAAUUGGAAUGGAAUAAUUGAGGUGGCUCUGGUACCAGUAACAGUUGUACAUGUCUUGAAACAUCUUAAUUUGCUCCCCUUUAUGCAGCUGUACAGUGUAGUCAUAUUUCUAAAACCAAGAUUUUUGUGAAGUAGAGCCAGUGGAAUAGUAACUGGUAGCUUGUAUUGUAUUUUAUACGUCUGAUUUUAACUUUUAAUUUUUAUUUUUUAUUUUAUUUUUUGCAUUCAGUGUUGCCAGUUUUGUAAUGCAUUGACCGGUUGCUACAACUGUAGGUGUUUAAACAAUUGUUUAGAAUUGAAAUUUGCUUUUGUUCCAAUUGUCAAAAGCUCUGUACAGUCUUUAAAAGAUCAUAGAUACUGUUCAGUUACAGCAAAUACUGUAAAAUGAAUGGAUUGGUUCUAAUACACAACUGUUGGAACUUGUUAAAUAAACACAUUCCUGAAGAA